AUGAAUAUUAUGGAAAGUCCCAAGAAGCAGGAGGUGCGAACACUGGGGAGCGGAGCCUGGGACAAUCCUGCCUACAGCAACCCUCCUUCCCCGAAUGGGACCCUGAGGAUCUGCACUGUCUCCAGUGUGGCUCUCUCUGAGCCUCAACCCAAAAAGCCAGAAGUCAGACACCAAGAGAAGCCACAGAGAACCCUGGUGCCCAGCUGCUGUCUCCAUAUCUGUCGGAGCAUCAGAGGACUGUGGGGGACAACGCUGACUGAGAACACAGCGGAGAACAGAGAGCUUUAUGUCAAGACCACCCUGAGGGAGCUUGUGGUGUACAUCGUGUUCCUCGUGGACGUCUGUCUGUUGACCUAUGGAAUGACAAGUUCAAGUGCCUAUUACUACACCAAAGUGAUGUCUGAGCUGUUCCUACGAACCCCAUCAGACUCUGGAGUCUCCUUCCAGACCAUCAGCAGCAUGUCCGACUUCUGGGAUGGCCCACUCCUGGACAGUUUGUAUUGGACAAAGUGGUACAACAACCAGAGCCUGGGGCAUGGCUCCCACUCGUUCAUCUACUAUGAGAACCUGCUCCUGGGGGCCCCGCGAUUGCGGCAGCUGCGGGUGCGCAACGAUUCCUGUGUGGUUCAUGAAGACUUCCGGGAGGACAUUUUGAACUGUUACAAUGUCUACUCUCCGGACAAAGAAGAUCAGCUCCCCUUUGGACCUCUCAACGGCACAGCGUGGACAUACCAUUCCCAGAACGAGCUGGGGGGCUCCUCCCACUGGGGCCGGCUCACAAGCUACGGUGGAGGUGGCUACUACAUGGACCUUCCAGGAUCCCGGCAAGCCAGUGCAGAGGCGCUCCAAGGACUCCAGGAGGGACUGUGGUUAGACAGGGGCACUCGGGUGGUGUUUAUCGACUUCUCCGUCUACAAUGCCAACAUCAAUCUUUUCUGUAUCCUGAGACUGGUGGUAGAGUUCCCGGCCACAGGAGGGACCAUCCCUUCCUGGCAGAUCCGCACGGUUAAGCUGAUCCGCUAUGUGAAUAACUGGGACUUCUUCAUUGUGGGCUGUGAAGUCGUCUUCUGUGUCUUCAUCUUUUACUAUGUGGUGGAGGAAAUCCUGGAAAUCUACAUGCACCGGCUUCGCUACCUCAGCAACGUCUGGAACAUUCUGGACCUGGUGGUCAUCUUGCUCUCCAUCAUGGCUGUGGGUUUCCACAUAUUCCGAACCCUGGAAGUGAACCGACUGAUGGGAAAGCUCCUGCAGCAGCCAGACACUUAUGCGGACUUUGAGUUCCUGGCCUUCUGGCAGACUCAGUAUAAUAACAUGAAUGCAGUCAACAUUUUCUUUGCUUGGAUCAAGAUAUUCAAGUACAUCAGCUUCAACAAGACCAUGACCCAGCUCUCCUCCACCCUGGCUCGCUGUGCCAAGGACAUCCUGGGCUUCGCCAUCAUGUUCUUCAUCGUCUUCUUUGCCUACGCCCAGCUUGGCUACCUGCUUUUCGGGACCCAAGUGGAAAACUUUAGCACUUUCGUCAAGUGCAUCUUCACUCAGUUCCGGAUAAUCCUUGGGGAUUUUGACUACAAUGCAAUCGACAAUGCCAACCGAAUCCUGGGCCCUGUGUACUUCGUCACCUAUGUCUUCUUCGUCUUCUUUGUGCUCCUGAACAUGUUCCUGGCCAUCAUCAACGACACAUACUCAGAGGUCAAGGAGGAGCUGGCUGGCCAGAAGGAUCAGUUGCAGCUUUCUGACUUCCUGAAGCAGAGCUACAACAAGACCCUACAAAGACUGCGCCUAAGGAAAGAGCGGGUUUCAGAUGUGCAGAAGGUCCUGAAGGGUGGGGAACCGGAGAUCCAGUUUGAAGAUUUCACCAACACCUUGAGGGAGCUCGCAAGGAGAGUUCUGCAGCUGCAGCGUGUUCUGGAAGGAGUUGUGUCGCAGGUUGAUGCUGUGGGCUCAAAGCUGAAGAUGCUGGAGAGGAAAGGGGAGCUGGCUACCACCCCAGGAACGGCAAGAGGAGCCAGCUGUUUGGGAGAACCUGUAUAA